AUGAACUCGUCAAGUCUUACUUGCGCACUCUGUACUCGCCCAAUUAUAUCAGCUAGCAACGUUCGGUCGUGCAGUUCAUGCCGAAAGUUUACGCAUUCGGAUUGUGACUCCGACUCAUUAAAUGCAAAUACGAUAGAAACCGAAUAUGUUUGUCCAACAUGCCGUAAUUCGCCGUUGGUCGCAGAUGCAAUGAUGAUAUCAGCUGGGAAUAGUUCUGUUGCGGCAUCACCAACUUCCAUUUCCACUCACGAUGAAGCAUCGCGUAGCAUUCCGCUUGACAAUCCAUAUUGCAUGGAUUCACCUAACAGAAGCAGCCCUUUGAUGUCAUUAUCUCAAUUGGAUACUUUUGGCGACUUUUUCAACAUUCAUCAAUCUACAGGGCAAGUUCCAUCAAUGUCGCCAUCUGGAUCUACCGCACUAAGUGGACCUGUAUCUUCCUGUAGAGCUUCUCCCGGUUCAUUUCCCGAGUUUAAUAAUACUGGCGAUACAGCUGAUGAACUGCGCUUCAGUUCCAAAAGAGAGCGGAGUGAUAAUUCUAGCACCGUCAGCCGAACAUCGCGUGGUGGAGGAGUAAAAAAGCCUUGCGGUCGUGGAGUAACUCCGCGAACGCGUUCACUUGCUGGAGUAAAUAAUGAUUUAACCGAAGUAACUCAUUCGCAUCGGGGAAAACGAGGUGGAAGAGGUAGCAAUAAGAAUGGUAGAGGACGUAGACCAAGAGGAGGCAAGACGUCAGCAAUGUUAGCAAUGGUUAAUGCGGCAGCGGCAAAUCGAGAUGCAGAUCAGGACAGUUCGGAAAUGGACGACACUCGGCAUCGUAUGGAAGAAAAUGAUUAUAUCAGGACAGUGGUUGUAACGUGUGCUGAGAACUCUUACUUUUUACAAAUGCCAUUAUGUUUAAUUUGUGGUAGCAUUGGAAAAGGUGCUGAAGGAACGAUGGUGACUUGUGUGACUUGCUCACAAAGUUACCACACAUACUGUGUCGGACUGCAUGAUAAGCUCAAUUCCACAAUAGUACGGAGAGGAUGGCGUUGUUUGGACUGCACGGUUUGCGAAGGGUGCGGCGAUGGACAUGACGAAUCCAACUUGAUUCUCUGUGAUGAAUGUGACAUUUCAUACCAUAUUUAUUGUUUGGAACCACCUCUUGAACGAAUUCCACAUGGGCCGUGGAGAUGUAAAUGGUGCUCAGCUUGCCGGCGUUGUGGUAACCAAAUAUCCAACAUUACGGAUAAUCAAAAUUUUUGUGAAACCUGCUUCACACUUCGGAAAUGUCCUAAAUGUUUGCGACUUUAUGAAAUUGGUGAUAAUAUCAUUAAAUGUCAGCAUUGUGCAAGAUGGCUCCAUGGUAAAUGCGAAGAGUUGUACGGUGAAGAGAUGUUUGAAACUGCAUCAGAAAAUGGUUUCCGCUGCUCGCUUUGUCGUCCGCAAGGUAACGUAGUUGGCGAUGCUUUCAACAUUUUGGUGUGCGAUAAUGUAACGAUGAACAAGUGUGCACUCGAAAUAUUGCAUUUACGCUGUGGUGGAGCACUUUUUCGCUAUCCCAGCUCUGCUGAUUCUGUCUACGAUUUUCCAUCAUACUUCUUUGCACCGCGAUCUCACUCAUUUGAAGAACCAAUAGAAGAAGACGAUCUAGAGAGUUCUGGUUUCGGAAUGAGUGUAGGAGUGAGUGGUCGAGGUCGAGGAAUGAGAAGUGGUGGUCCUGGUCGACGAGUGAUGAAAUUGGGUGUUGGUGGAUUCUUUGUAAAGCAGGUACCUCGACAUCGUUUAUCAAAUGCGGAAGACGAGAAUGGCGUGGAAGAGGAUUCUGCAAAACCAAAAAUAAAACGCUUCCGAAAACCAAGAAGGUCACAGCUGGAGGACAAUUAUCCACCAGUUAUUCAAGAAAGCUUUUUUGGUAUGAGGCCAGUUGAGGGAAGGUGUUUGUUAGAUGUUGUAGUGGAUGAACCGAAUUUGGUGGAACAUCAAAAACCAACUUUAGUCAUCGAUAGACAAAAAGAAGCCUGUGAACUGAACGAAAUGGAUUCUGAGGCUUUGCAUGAAAGUGAAAGCCUUCUGGGAAAUAUAACGGAGAAUGAUAUUCUUGGCAAUAUGGAAGAAAUUGAUUUUGAUAAUUUGGAUUUAAAUGAACUACUGUUGGAUGGUGAUGAAGAUGACGACGAUGAUGAAGCAUUGGAAAAUGCACUGAGUGAUAAAAUGGGACCACCCAGUGAAGAUGGUCAAAUAACCGCUCAUGGUGGUCCUAUGCGAUCUCAGACUUUUUGUUCAGGGCAGCAGACUCGAAGAUUUACUAUUGCUUCAACAAGUAAUCUAACUCAGGGAAGUAUUCGUUCAAAUGUGCAUAUGCCUCCUGGUUACAAUCAAACCGGUAUUUACACUCAGUCCAGAUCUAGUAGUCAGCUGGGUGACACUUGUACCGAACGAGUGAAUCAAGCAACAGAAAAGUGGGAAGAAGAUGAACCAUUGGGAGAGCGUGCUACGAAAGCUGCCGUUCUUUAUGCGAAUAUUAAUUACCCGCAGUGGAAGGAGCAAUACCCGGAAUGGCCAGAGCGUGUGAAACACAUUCAUCGAAUGUGGAGAUCUCUGGAUGCUAGCAGUAGACAACAGUAUGUAAAUAAGGCAAGAGAAAAUCGAGCAAAUAGAGUAAAGCAGCCUAGAGCAAAGCGUAUUACAACGUCGGCAACAACUCCUACUGGUGUUGUUCGAGCUAUUGUUGGUCCAAAUCGAUAUGGAAUAAUCCCAGGACAAGAUAAUAUGGCAGGAUAUUGCCGUUCUGAGGUAGAAUAUAACGAAAGUUUCAAAGUUCCAACAAUGCCUUAUGGUGCUGGUGAAUGUAUGAUGAAUCAAAGUGCGUCUGUAGGUUCCGUAGAUGUCUCCAUAGUUCAACCCUACGGAGCAGCACAACAACAUUAUUAUCAUUCCGAACAAGAAGGUGGUUCAUUUGCCAGUGCAUCUCAAGUUAGAUCAGCGCCUGUUAGAAAUCCCCAAUCUUUGAUUGCGCAUUUGAGCAAAGAAGUUUUGGAUAAUUAUAGUUUGCUGCAGAAACGAAGCAAUGAAUUAGCGAAAUAUCAGUUGGCGAUUGAAAAUGAUUUAGCUCGGAUGCGGAAGCAGAAGAAAAAUCUUACCGCGAAAAGAAGACAGUUGAACAAAAACAAUCAGCAGUACGACGCUCACGGACAACGGAUCGAAAUUGAGCUGAGCGAAACCGACAGACAUUCACUCACAACACUUGCCAAUGCUAUACCGAUCCGGCAAAAAGAUUUAGAAAAUUGUAAGCGGGACAUUAAACUUCAUUCUUCCAAUGUUCGUGAUUUUGAAGUCAAAAACAACAUACCACCAGAACUAAUUCCACAAAUGACACCUGUUGUGCAACCUGUUGGCCUGCAUGUAAAUGCUGCACGUGCAAAACAGCUGCAGAGCGGUACACCUCCUACACCUAAUGAUAUGAUGUCUUCAAACAACGGCAUUCGACCUCCGCCAUCAUAUCCAGCAUUUGGUAUGGUGGGUAACUAUCGACCUCCCUAUCAGUCUGGCGCUCAGAUGUCUGAAUAUAAUCAUUCUGGCUAUGGUACAACUCCAAAAAGUGAGACUGAAACUGCGCAAAUAUGUUCGGACUCUCCAACACCACCUAGCGGUCGACCAGGAUCAUCCAGUUCAACAGAAUGGCAGUGUCGGGGUGGAAGGGGAAAGCGGAAAAGACGUGACGAUGAUCGGAAUGAUGAAUGCAAAAGACCAGCAAUGCUUGGUGAUGUUGCUGCUGAGACUCUAACUACGCAAUUUGAGCGAGAUAUUUAUGACGUUGUAGAUCGCUUAAUAACGCAAGCUGUUAUUAUGGUCGAUGGUGCUGAAGCUGCUCGAAAAAGUGGGAUGCUGAAAAGACUUUUAGAAUCACAAAUGAAAAAAGAAUAUACCUCACAAAGAAAUUCUUUUUCUGGAUUGGAGUUUAACAUCCCUCCAAAGCCAAAAAAGAAGCGUACUCAGCAGAAGAAGCUUGGUGUUGGGAAUAGUAAUGAAUAUGAAUUAUUGCUGGAGCGGAUUUCCACUCAACUUCGUCUUUGCCCACAACUUCCUCGAAGUGCAAUUGAACCCAUAUCGCGUGUUGGUCGCUCAUCUUAUUUCAUGUUUGGUAUUACGGAUUUACCAGAUCGAAUAGAUAAGCCAUCAAUUAAAGGGAGCGAAAUUGGUGAUGUACGACUUACUUUUAUGGGCGAUUAUUAUACGCGUCUCUUUCAGUGUCCUUUUGAUGAAACUUCACUUUAUCAAACAAUGUCUGAUUUCGCAGCUGAUGUUAAGCUGCCGGUUUUAUACAGAACAAGAUACAUAGCUCCAAGAGGGAUACAGGAAAGAGAAAAACCUGUGAGUAAAAUGCGAGCACUUUCGGUUGUUCGUCGUUCAGGUUCUCCUCCUUUACGGCAGAUUUCUAGAAUACCUGAAUCAGUAAAGCGUGAGUCACCAAAAAAAGUAGGGGUCAGUAUCGUAUUCGAAGGUCCUGAAGGCAGUCUUGAUGCUGAAGCUGGUUUGAGACAGUUAAUGGUGCUCCUUGGUAUGGAACAGUUACCAGAUUAUGAAUUUGAUACUCCUCCUCAAACUCCUGAACCUUCAAAACGUGAUCUUGGUGAAAUCCAAAAGACCGAAUCACCAGUGGCUGAUGACUUUACUUGUCGUCACUGUGGUGCCUUAACUGAUCAGCCUGCUGUAAGACAGACAGCUCGCCAACUUGGAAUCAUCGAUCAUGAACCAAAAGAUGAGACAUUAGCGUUCUGCUCAAUGAAUUGUUAUUACAAUUACAUGGCUAAUGCGAAGGCUGCGUUAUCACCGGAAGAUCUUUCGAGAGCAGAACGUUUUAUUGGUGCUGAAACACUGGCCAAACUUCGGCAGGCAAGCGCUGAUAAUUUUGCCAAAUAUCUUCAUCUUGGAAAAUUUAAGGGGCAGUUAGAAUCGCCUGGGAAUUCAAACAUGUGUUCACCAUUGAGUGACGGUCGUGUUGAGUCGGAUGCAAGGAACAAUAUUCAGAUAAUUCAAGCUCGAGAGCUGUCAUUAUUGGGUGAUCAGAACAUUCAGAAGGCUUUGGAAAAGAAAUGGAAAGGGCAACUGUGGAUGCAAUAUGAUGCAACAAUUCUAGAAAGUUUCCGUGAAUUAUCAAUCCAAACUCGUCAGAAACAGCUGAUUGCCGAUCUUCAGAGCGUUUUACAUUCCCAUUGCAUAGAUCCUACCGAAGACAAACGGCAGUGUGCGUUUUGUGGGCAGCAUGGAGAUGGAGCAUUAGAUGAUUGUGGAAGACUUUUGAACGCAGACGCAAAUACCUGGGUGCACGUUAAUUGUGCCUUGUGGUCAGAAGAAGUUUAUGAGACUUCUGCUGGUGCGCUUAUUAAUGUAGAGGAUGCACUGAGACGGGCGACAAAUGUGAUUUGUUCAAUUUGCCAGCUCAUGGGUGCUUCACUAAGGUGUUACAAACUUAACUGUGAAAAGAACUUUCAUAUUUUUUGUGCCAAGUCAACAAGAGGAAAAUUUAUGAAAGAUAAGACUUUUAUUUGCGAAGAGCAUGAUGAUUAUCGGAAUGACUUGGUACUCGACCAUUUAAAAGCGCUGCGUCGUAUUUAUAUCGAUCGUGAAGAAAAUCAGUUGAUAGCAAAAUUGUUUCAUAGUGAGGCUGAUAGGCUAGUUCUUCGAGUAGGCAGCCUUAUAUUUAGUCACAUUGGACAGCUGCUUCCAGAACAGUUGAAAGCGUUCCAUAAUUCAGAUCACAUAUUUCCGAUUGGAUACAAUGUGAAACGAAUUUUUUGGUCGGUAACUAAUGCAAAUAAUCGUAUUCAGUACCAGUGUACAAUUUGCGAUAAAUCGUCAGCACCGGAAUUUGUUAUUUCAUACGAGGAUGGUCAAGAAAUACGGGAGAAUUCGGCAUCAGCUGCCUGGAAUCAUAUAUUAGUGGAAGUGGAAAGAACACGAGAUAAAGAUGAUGGAUUAUUGCGUUUGUUCCCAGCGAAUCUUACUGGAGAUAGUUUAUUUGGUCUUACGGAAGCAGCUGUCUCAAAAAUGACGGAGUCGUUACCAGGAGUGGACCAACUCAUAACUUAUACUUUCAAACACGGGGGAGUUCCUCUGAUGGACUUGCCUUUAGCGGUCAAUCCAAGUGGCUGCGCUAGAUGCGAACCACGAUUUCGAACACUUAUCAAACAUCGUCGCCGGAACCAGCCACCAGCAGCGACUGCUCGGUCGUCCGUUAGUACUGAUGUACUUUCACGCGAUACAAGAACACGUGGCAGUAGCAGUUCAUUAUCCAGCGUAGAUGUGUCUGCAGGACGCGGUUCAUGUAGUACAACAUUAGAUUGUUAUGGCGGACGAUGGGAACCCGGACAACUGAGUACAGCUUAUUACUCUCAAUAUCAGAAGAUGAAGAAAGAGUGGAAAAAUACUGUAUACUUAGCUCGUUCACGUAUUCAAGGAUUAGGAUUGUAUGCAUCACGAGAUAUUGAAAUGAAUUCCAUGAUUAUCGAAUAUAAAGGCGAAGUAAUACGUAGUGAAGUUGGUGAAAUGCGUGAAAAGAAGUAUGAAGCUCAAAAUCGUGGUGUGUACAUGUUUCGUAUUGAUGAUGAAAAGCUUAUUGAUGCAACAAUGGCUGGUGGUCCAGCACGAUACAUCAAUCAUUCGUGUGAUCCAAACUGCAGUACACGUUUAGUUGAUUCGGGUCCUUGUGGUGAUGACAAAAAAAUUAUCAUUAUUGCUAACAGACCAAUAAGUGCUGGAGAAGAAUUAACAUAUGAUUAUCAGUUCGAUAUCGAAGAUGUGGCUGAUAAAAUUCCUUGUUUAUGUGGCGCACCGAAUUGCCAAAAAUGGAUGAACUGA